GGUUUAUUAGAGGCGUAGCCGCCACUCACAUCCGCUCGUCGUCUGCCAACGCGUUGCGUGUGGCCGUUUACACGGUUCGCACGUGAACAAAAGCGGUACUCGCCGCUUAGGUUGUGACAUCGCUGCGUGGGCUGAAUUAGCGAAUGAGUGAAAGCUACCGACUGUUAUGACGCCGCGUUGCGUGGAUUAUCAGCAACUGUAGCGAUUGUCAUUUUCCGAUUGCGUUUGUUUCCCCUUCGCCACGAUCGCGGCACGAUGAGAUUGCGCGACAAAGCCAACGAAGCGCGCUUGCUCGCUCGUGACCUCCCUCGACCGACGCGCUCGGCCGCUCGCGCUGGGCCGUUUUCUCUCGCUUCUUUCCUCAAACCGAAUAUAGACGCCACCGCCUACACUGCUGCUGACAUCCCGCCUUCGUAGCCAACGUAUUGCCAACACUUCCUUAGGAGGCCUUAAUGGGGUGUAAGAAGCUUCCAGCGAUUGUACAUUUUACGUGCGAUCGUCGCGUAAAAACUGUCGUGUGACUGUUCAGUUAGAACCGAAGAGCAUCCGCAGACCUCUCUCGCGGCCACUGUAUGGUUUCGUCUCGGCCACCCUCGCAUCGUGCCAAGUGGUCUUCAUCACGCAGGCAUUUGAGCUUGUCGCUGUGGCGUAAAGUUACUUCUAUGGACGAGGCAAGGUCUUUGCGCCCGAUUUCACUGAGCAGGGCCUUGCAACUGUCGUGUCGUCUGCAAACCACCGGGCUAGACGGGUACAAAUCAUCGCCGUAGUUUCUGUUCGCUGUUGAUGAAUGCAGGCAGCCCAGGAGCGUAGCAGUGACGAGGUUCGGCAGGGGGGCAGUGCCACUAGCACCCCCGUUCUGGGGGCACGGGUGCCAGAUGCUACAGCCACGCCGUCGCGAAUUGUGAGCUUCUUCUCAAAGCGAUCCUUGAAGCAGAAUCCCUUGAAGCGCACAAAGAGUGUGAGCAAGCUGGAGCGGGCGCGACGAGCCGAGGCGCCACCACCGCGGCUUCGUGGUUCGCGCUCACACGAGUCACUGCUGCAGUCACCUGGGGGCCCCUGGGGCCUCGAGGGUGCCAGGCUGGGUCCUCUGCAUCCAAGCCUCCGAAACCACCCCGCUCAGGGACAGGCCUGGGGCCCUGCCCCGCGGGGUGCAGGCGAGCAUUGGUUUGAGCUGGCACCUCGUGAUGGCCCUGCUUGUGUAUAUGCCUGCCGCUCUCGGCAGCAGUGCCUGCACUGGUUGGCGCGGCUGCGACAGGCUGCUCAACCACAAAGGGAUGCCAUUCGCCGAACUGAGAAUUCUCUCCGACUUUGGGUACUAGAGGCCAAGGGCUUGGCGCCAAAGAAACGGUACUUCUGUGAGCUGCGUUUAGAUGGAACACUAUAUGCUCGCACCUCUGCCAAGCUCAAGUCCCAGCUCUGUUUCUGGGGGGAGCACUUCGAGUUCAGCCACCUUCCUGCUGUGAAUACCUUGACGGUGACUGUGUUUCGAGAGGCUGACAGGCGCAAGCGACGUGACAAGAGCACAGCACUCGGAAUGGUGACUGUUCCUCUUGUGCCUGCCCGGGCACACCAUGUAACUGAAAAGUGGUACCCUUUGGUGCCCGAAUUGAAGGGGCCGCCAACACCUGGAGCAAAGGAGAGCACGCCUCCCUCAGUGCGACUCAAAUGGCGCUACCAGUCUCUGGAAGUGCAGCCCUUGGCUUCCUAUCAGCCUUUCCUUCAGUACCUGAAGAGGGAUUUCGGGCCCCUGUGCAGACUCCUGGAACCUGUACUUGGAGUGCGCCUUAAGGAGGAAAUAGCCACAGGCCUUGUGAGCAUAAUGCAUAAAGAGGAAAUGGCCCAGGAGUUCCUGACUCAACUCGUCAUGGCUGACCUACAAGACUUGGGAGACCAGCACCUCACUUUCCGUGGCAACUCUUUGGCAACGAAGGCAACAGAGGCCUAUUUGAAGCUUCUUGGUGAUGGCUACCUUCAAGAUACCCUGGGACCCUUUAUUCGAGAUGUUUUGGCAUCGAACUUAGACUGUGAGGUUGAUCCAGCCAAAGUUAGUGGCGGUAGUGGCGCCUUGCAGCGGCAGCAAGCUUUGUUACGACAGAGAGUCCAGCAAGCAUGGCAACGUAUUACUCAAUCUGCGCAUUCAUUUCCAAGGGACCUUCGCGUGCUAUUUCAUGGCUACCGGCAACGACUUGGAGGUAGUACCCGUGAAGAGGAGCUCUGUGACAAUCUUAUCAGUGGUUCCAUCUUUCUGCGGUGCCUGUGUCCUGCCAUUUUGUCUCCGAGUCUUUUUGGCCUUGCACCAGAAUAUCCAGAUGAACGAGCUGCUCGUAGCUUGACACUGAUAGCCAAGACGAUUCAAACCCUCGCAAAUUUCACAAGGUUUGGUGGAAAAGAGAGCUUCAUGGAGUUCAUGAAUGACUUCGUGGAAAAAGAAUGGAGCACAAUGAAGACUUUUCUCAAGGUUAUUUCGAGUCCAGUUAGCACGGAGCCCAAUCCUUCUGCAGGAGAGGCUGGCAUUGAGAUUCCCUGUGUUGUGGACCUUGGUCUAGAGUUGGCCCAGCUGCAGAUGAUGCUCAGAGAAUGCCUUCCACAGCUGGAAGGAAAGGAAGGUGAAGCUGCUUUGCGAGCUGCUUUAGAUGGCCGACCACGCAGUAGAGGUCAGGUGUUGUCCUGCUUGGAAGCAAACCCAGCACCAGCACCCCAGCCUCGCUCAUCAACCUUGCCCAGGAGUGCCCUGGCUCCCAGCACCACAAUCCCUAGAGAACUACCAAGAGCCCUUCCAGAUUUGCUUACCACCAUGCCCUCUGCACAGGGCCCAACUGCAGUGAGCCAUGGCCUACCUCCACAGCCUGGUGGAUGUCCUCCACUAGCAUUUAGUAACCCAGUCUAUCGUUGGGGUGGCCUCCAAGAUCUUCAGCCAGAAUCUCUCACUGGUGGAGAGAGUGGCAGUAGUGGUCACAGCAGUGCAACCGAGAGCGAAGCCAGUGGUACCUCAAGCCCAUCUUCACCACACCUCUGGGAAGACAAUUUUUUAGGAGCUGCAGGUGAGCUGUCUGGAAAAAGUCGAGAGAAUGAUGAGAGGUUUCCCCACAGAAGCCUUCGUGAAUAUGAGCGGGAGGUGGCCCAGCUGAAACGGCUGAUGGGCCAGCUGCAGCGCAAGCUCAGUUUAGCCGAGACCCAGCUACAACAGCAGCAGCAACACCCACUCUCGGCAACACUUGGUGGUGAGAGCACAGAGGAGCAGCAGCAGCGUCGACAGGAGAAGGACUUGCAGAUGAAGAGCAUCAUCACCAGGCUAAUCACUGUCGAAGACGAGCUACGACGGGAGCAGCGAGAGAUGCAGGGCAUGAUUCGGGCCAAACAGCAGCUGAUUGAUGCACAAGAGCGUAAGAUCCAGACAUUGGAUGCAGCCAACCAGCGAUUGCUGGGAGCUCUUGCUCAGUUACGCCAGCACUAUCAAGACCAGGUUCAGCUAGAGCCCCGACUGCUGGCCAAUGGUGCUUCCUCGCCGCCACCACCGUCAUACAGGAGCAGCUCCUGCUGACAGUGUGUGCCCAUCACAUUUCACACAAGUGUGCCCUCAAGGAAAGACACAUUGUGUGGUCUUUCUGUGCACAAGGCCACACAAUGCUCUUACAAUGUAGACAAUGUGUCCUUACAAUGCUCUUGUGGCAGUCUCAUCUUUGGUGGCUCACAACAGUUUAUGCAAUUCGAAGCCGGAAAUUUGGAGAUUCAUUUUGGGUGCUACAUAAUGCAAGCUUUUGAUAAACAGGCCUUUGUGUGUUUGUACAAUACAACAGAAGUUAUAGUAGUUAACCUACUUGACAUGCCAAGCCAGUGGCCAAUAGGCUCUACAGCGGUUCUUACUCAAUAUCUCAUUGCUUUGUAAUGUAUGUGAGUAGAGGAAAUAGAAGUCUAUCUUUCUGUACAAACUUGCCCCUGGUUUUCUUUCUCUCUCUCUCUCUCUCUCUCUCUCUCUCAUGUAUGAUGAAAUGAUGACAGUGAUGUUCGAAUCAAAGCACUGCUUCCAGUGUACCAACAGAGCCAAUGUAGCAUUUCACAUGACCACUUCACUGUCUAUUUUAGCCAGUUUCACAUAGAUAGCAUAAAUUGUACAAGGUUGUCUCAGGGCGCUUUUGGCCUCAUUUAAGCACUUAGUAUAACACUGCAGUGCCUACAUUGUAAGUUGUUGAAUAUGUUUCGCUGUUGUAAACUUGACUAAAUGAUAGAAAAAAAAAACUGUUUUUAUAUCAAGUAUUCAGUAUUGAUGAGCUACAUUAAUGGACACUACUGAUUUUUAUUUAUUUUUUUAUUUAGAAUUAGCAAUUUCAUAUGUUCAAAAUAAUGUUCUUACUGAUGUCAGAUUUGAAAGGCACUUUGUUCUUUGAUGUUCAGCACACAUAGGGUACCCAUCCUGGGGGAAAAAAAAGUACUUAAAUGGCAUUCUAGUGUGAAUCGUUGAGUUUUUGCUAAGCAGUAUGAGCAAUAAAUUAAGGAAAAUUUUGGCUGAAUUACCUGUGUGGCCUUCUUUAAAUUUGCUUGCAAGGAAUGAGAUGCCUUAUUACCUUCUGCGGCUGAAAUGUGGUCUGUGAAGUGGCAACAAAUAGGUCUUUGUGCAUCAUACCAGUAUAUUGGUAGAAGCAAGUUUAUGUCGAUUGUGACCUUUUUGGUACACUUAAGUUAGCAGAGAAAGAUUACUGAGCUGUUAUAUUUAUGUUGCUCACUCAAGUCUUAUGAUGAUUGCUAGGGUUAGUCAGAGCUGCUUAACAGUGUGCGAAGGCAAUCAUUAGGAAGAUGAAAGCUAUUCGUUACUCUUGGUUCGUGUUUUUUAACUGUUGUUGCAUUAUAAAGUUCAAUUCAAAGCCAGGUGAGAUGGGGCUGCAAGAAUUUAUUAUUAAAUUAGUUGCUAAUGUAGAACUUGACGUUGUUUUUUUUGUGUUUGUCUAUGCUUUCGUCGCAUUAGCUGUACUGGACCUUAAUGUUUUUGUCCAGAACAGCUUUUGCCUCUCUUCUUGUUUUUUGCACUUUCUUGAGAGAACCAGGAACCUUUGACCGGGCAUAAUUCACAAAAAAAAAAAGCACAGAACUUUUUUUUUUUUCACACCAAGAAGGCAUCAUGCAUUCAGGUUCCUUUAAUAUCAUGGCAUAAUUGGCCAUGCUGGUACUGUGAGCUUAAGCUCUUAACACAACUGCAUUGUGCAUUUCCAAAAAGUUUUGUUGCUUUUGGGUUCUUGUGUGUGCACUAUGAUCAGAUUGAAGUCUUCUCAGGAUUAAUUGGUUGUAAUGAAAUGUUAUUCUGCAAACUGUAGCAUGUUACAAACCACCCUAGUCCAUCUGUUGCAGAUCAUGUCUGUGGUCACAUUUAUGGUAUCUUAAGUGGAUAGCAUUAUCACAUUAAUGCAAACUUAAGUUGUACAUUUUUACUUUGAGUAAUCAAAAUAUGUAGUUUAAGCUUAACAAGUCUGAAUAAUUUAUCUGACUAUCAUAAAAAAUGCAGUGAGGUUAAGUUCUAUGGACUGUUGUAGAUGGUGCUUGCGAGGAGUAGAGAACCAAGGCCUUCUUGCAUAGUAAAAUAGUUUUAUAUCUAUGUUGGCUGAAAAUUCUUGCAUUGAUAUUACUGUGGAUUGAAUUGAGUAGGCAGGAUUAUGAGAGCCGGCUAUGUGGCCUCCAAUCAUGCGCUAAGUCUUAAUAUAAGCCAUCAGUCUCUUCAAGACUGUUGUGUUAUUCCCAGUAUUGUCUGAGUAUAUUUUGCAUCUGAGACAUUGGAUAUUUCUUGAACUCAGACUUGCAUAUUGUAAUAGCAGUGUUUAUUUUACCAUUUUUUUAAUUUUUGGUUCAUUUAUGUGUGCUGUUUUACAUCUAAAGCAUUGCGAGAAACCCUGAAAAGCUCACAUUAAAACUGUUAUGUCUCUAAAGAUACAAUUUUCAGCAGGGUCGCCUUUGUUUUUGAGCUGGAUAAUGUAGUUUGCAAAAUUAAUGGUCAUGAAGAGAAGCUUUGUGAACCCCCUCUUUCCGGUAAAUUAUUGGUACGCUCUGAAUCGCUCUGAAUGUUUCCUUUUCAAAAGCAGUGUCUAAUAAUGGGGGCAGUGAAUCAUUACAAUAGGCUAAUGCCAAUACUGCUGUGUUUCACCAAUACAUGCUUGCUAUUCACCACAUCUGGUAUAACUAUCUUUGGGGAUGUGAUGAGAAUUGAUGAGAUUCUGUCAGCAGAAGUGUUACUCUGGUGAAACUGACUCAUUCGAGGGCUCAGCUUGAAUGCUUUUUGGAAUGUGCAGCUGGCUCUCCAUUUGUGUUAUGUGCUGCAUAUAUGCAUCUCUAUUGUGCAAGUUUUGCAUUUAGAUAUCAUUAUUUGCUGUUCACACUACAAAUGAUGCAUCAGUUAUUUGCUCUUGACAAAGAAGAAAAGAUGUAUAUACAUAAGAAAGGUGUUAUGAAAAAAAAUGGGUGUAUAUUAUUACAACGAAUGCCGUGGUAAAUGCAUAUAUACAUUUUUUCUUUUAUGUACAAAUUGCAGCUUUUGCCCGGCUACUGCGUUUCAGGGAUUGCUAGUGGUUAAAUGAGACUGUCAUUUUUUCUUAUUUGUAUAAAGUUUGUAUUGUUUUUGUUGUCAGUUUAACAAAAAUGUUGAUUCAUUUGCAGCACAGAUGUGCCUUUGGCAUCUUUGAAUAUUGUAAAUUUUAGUUAAUGUUGUACCCAUUUACGUUUGGGUCUGGAUGUCAUCCUAGGUGUGAGCUUGUAUACCUUCUUACUUUAUACCCCGCCAUGUGAAGUUGAUGGCAAAGUUGUCAUUUACAGAUCCAUUACCAAAGAGCACCUCUUUUUCUUUUGUAAAAAAAAAGUAAAAGCUUUCUGUUCGUUGAGUUUCAUGUGUGCCUAAGGACAAGUCGUUGACAGUUAGAGUACCAUCGCUCAUGUAACACGAUGCUCUGUGCUGUUGGUGCACACUCUAAUAUGUGCAUUUUGACAUGCAAUACUGUCCAGAGGAGCUUAUAGAGAAUGCUAUACAUGUUAAAUACAUACAAAUAUAUAUCUAUAUAUACAUAUAUAUAUAUAUAUAUGCAUAUAUGUACACACAACACGUAUACAUAUAUUAUCGCAAAGCUGCAUAUUGGGUUAGUUGGUCGAAACUCAUUAUUGAAGGCCAUUAACAGUGGAAACAACAAGUGCUAACCAAAUAAACCUUCAGCUGUGAAUCAGUAUGUGUGUCUGCCUUCUUUUUAACUCUUGUUGCUAGCACUGUUACUCGCCUUCAAGGGAUAUAUAUAUAUAUAUAUACACUAUAACAUAUUGGGGUAUUGUUGACAGCUUUUUUGUUUGGUUUGCAGCUGCUCUUACACCUAUGCAGUCUGUCAAAAUAGGCACAGAAGUUGAGAAAUUAGUCAUGGAAGUUUAACAGAUACUAAGUGAUUUUGUGGUGGCACACUUUUUCUCAUCCCAUCUUUCAGUCCAAGUUUCGUGUUUUCUAGCAUCACUUUCGUUAGCUUUGCGUUGAACACACAGCUGGACUGCUACACAUCACAUGCACUUCUUUAAUGUUCCAGAUUAGCCCUAAAAUAUACUCUGCAUUCAGAAAUGUUGGAAUCAUUCAGUAAGACCAAAUUAAGGAUGCAUUAGUAUGCACUUGAAGCUGUACUGUUUCUUUUUAUAGUCAUAACUUCCAAUGGGCACCAAGCAGUCAUUGAGUAUAAUGAUGUGCAUAUUCUCUGUCAUAUCUGGUACUAUAUUAAACAAAGUGUAUUUGUUGCAUUGUAAUGUCUGUCUGUGGGCUUGAAAUUAGCUGUCUGGUUUGGCAGAGCCAGAAUGUUGGCAUCAGGUGCUACAAAUCUUUCCUGGUUUUUCUCCUUUAACAUCUUAAAUGUAGCAAGGAUGUUGUUUUGGUUCCACUGGUGGUGCUUGUCUAUAAAGAAGCAUUCAGCAGUAGCACCAAGCAGAUUUACGUGAUACGCUUGCAAUAAUAAGCAACGAAUGUCUAGUGAGUUUAUUUUUUUCUCUUGUAUUUGUCAUGGCUAAUGUUAGUAAAAAGACUAAAGCAUGUACACAAGACCUAUACUUGUAUACAUCCUUGGAACGGAAUUUCAGCUACAUCUAGACAGGGAAAAACUUUUCCUUAGAUAGCAGUGUGCCCUGUGCUGAAUUCCUUGGUCAGAUGAAAACAAGGAGAGGUGUGGAAUGCUGUUUGGUAUAAGCUUGUAUUGACUUUAGUUUCCCUGUCACACAUGACUCAUUUUUAUUAGUUGGUGGCACUUAGCAUUGUAUUGUAUCAAUCAAAUAUAUUUAUAUCUAGUAUUGUGCAGAUCUUCUGUAAAUAAACUGUCUAUAUUUUAUCUUUUA